UCACCAAAUUCUCUACUGCUCUCUAAGUUUACUGAUCAAAUCAGCGAAAGAAAACAAGACUUAAAUCUCUCUUUAUCUCUAUUCAAACAUGUUGGUCUACCAGGAUAUUCUUACAGGAGAUGAGCUUCUCUCUGAUUCCUUUCCUUACAAGGAAAUCGAGAACGGCAUGUUAUGGGAAGUUGAAGGAAAGUGGGUUGUGAAAGGAGCUAUGGAUUUUGAUAUUGGUGCGAAUCCAUCGGCUGAAGAAGGCGGUGAAGAUGAAGGAGUAGAUGAUCAAGCUGUGAAGGUUGUUGACAUCAUAGAUACGUUUAGGCUUCAGGAGCAACCAUCGUUUGACAAGAAACAAUUUGUGAUGUUCAUGAAAAGAUACAUAAAGCAACUAAGCCCUAAGUUGGACUCGGAAAAGCAAGAGCUGUUCAAGAAACAUAUUGAGAGUGCCACCAAAUUUUUGAUGUCAAAGCUCAAAGACUUCCAAUUCUUUGUGGGAGAAAGCAUGGAAGGAGAAGAAGGGAGCUUAGUGUUUGCUUACUACAGAGAAGGAGCCGCUGAUCCUACUUUCCUCUACUUAGCCUACGGCUUGAAGGAGAUCAAGUGCUGAAUGUGUUUCCUCUCUUUAUUUUCGAGGUUUUACUUUUUGUUAGUUGACGAUUUCUCGUGUCUUUUGGGUUAAUCUUGAGAGAUUUUACCAUUUUAGAGUGAAGUUUUUGUUACUUUAUGCAAUUUCUUUAAACCGAGCAUAAAGGAUUUUAGUCCUU